AUCUCUCCCGAGUCGAGCAAAAUGGAUUAUCAAACAUCAAGUCCCCUCUACGACAUUGAUUAUGGGAUGUCAGAGCCCUGCCAAAAAGUCAAUGUGAGACAAACUGCAGCCCAGCUCCUGCCCCUGCUCUACUCGCUGGUGUUCAUCUUUGGUUUUGUGGGUAACAUUCUGGUCGUCCUCAUCCUGAUCAACUGCAAAAAGCUGAAGAGCAUGACUGACAUCUACCUGCUCAACUUGGCCAUCUCUGACCUGCUUUUCAUCAUCACCAUCCCGUUCUGGGCUCACUAUGCUGCAGACCAGUGGGACUUUGGAAAUAUAAUGUGCCAGUUUUUCACAGGGUUCUAUUUCACUGGCUUUUUCUCUGGAAUCUUCUUCAUCAUCCUCUUGACAAUUGAUAGGUACCUGGCUAUCGUCCAUGCUGUGUUUGCUUUGAAAGCCAGGACAGUCACCUUUGGGGUGGUGACAAGUGGGGUCACCUGGGUGGUGGCUGUGUUCGCCUCUCUCCCAGGAACCAUCUUUACCAAAUCCCAAAAAGAGGGUUCUCGUUAUACAUGCAGCCCUCAUUUUCCAUCCAGUCAGUAUCAUUUCUGGAAGAAUUUCCAAACUUUAAAGAUAGUCAUCUUGGGCCUGGUGCUGCCACUGCUUGUCAUGAUCGUCUGCUACUCGGGAAUCCUAAAAACCCUGCUUCGGUGUCGCAAUGAGAAGAAGAGGCACAAGGCCGUGAGGCUCAUCUUUGCCGUCAUGAUUGUCUACUUUCUCUUCUGGGCUCCCUACAACAUCGUCCUUCUUCUGAGCACCUUCCAGGAAUUUUUUGGCCUGAAUAACUGCAGUGACUCUAAUAGGCUGGACCAAGCCAUGCAGGUGACAGAGACCCUGGGGAUGACACACUGCUGCAUCAACCCCAUCAUCUACGCCUUCGUCGGGGAGAAGUUCCGAAGCUAUCUCUUACAGUUCUUCCGAAAGCACGUCGCCAGACGCUUCUGCAAAGGCUGUCCAGUCUUCCAGGGAGACGCUCCAGAGCGAGCGAGCUCCGUUUAUACACGAUCCACGGGCGAGCAGGAAAUCUCUGUUGGCUUGUGAC